GACAGCGAUUGGAUUUCCAACAGCAAAUACGCAUUCAAGGCAUCAAUUCUAUGAGGCCUCCAACUGGUGCUAUCAAGUGGGGGUGUUUGUGUCGCGGUCCUCAGGAUUGCUGUAUCAGGCGGACAGAGCCGUUCUUUGGGUGAUGCCAGCCCUGCAAAUGGGCCUGCUAUUCUUCUUUGUAGCCGUCGCCAUCCUGCACUUCUGGUACAAUUGGUGGUUACUGGCGCCCUGCUUUGUCACAGGUCUGCUUGGGGGCGCCGUCUAUGUGAAUGCCUUCACGCUACUGUCCAGAGAGGUGGAGCCACGUCUCAGAGAGUUUUCUCUGGCUGCUGCAUCUCUUGCAGACAGUGUUGGAAUCGCACUGGCUGACAUCUGCGGAGUCCUUAUCCAGGGCUGCCUAUUCAAAGCAAAUGGGCUUACUGGUGCUGACUUCACAUGUUGAUAGCCAGUGCAGACUUCAUGCUUGUCAGUUUUACGGCGUGAGCGGGGAGCCUUACUGUGUCUGCUGCACGAGUUAGAGAGCAGCUCUGCAAAUUGUUUACUGCUCAUGCUAACCAGCCUCAGUACCGAUGCCCAAAGUAUGCUGAAGUACAGCCAUCAGUCGUGGUAAGAUUGUUGUGGCAGAGAAAAGACACGGAUAUAAUGGAUCUGCAAUACCUUAUUUGGAACCUAAGGCAACGUGCCUUGCGUGAAGCUAGCUUGCGCAAGCUCAAUAAUUGUAGCUGCAGCGGCUGCCAGAUCUCAGAGAUCACUGGGAGCUGGCCGAGCUGCGGCAGCUCUGCAGCAUUAAUGUGCAAUAUUGUCAGGCGCACGGUAGAGGCCAUGGCCAUGCGUACGGUGCACCACCAAGUUUGAUUGGCCAUUUGUGUACAGUGACAUUUGACAGCCUGACUUGCAAGGAAGAGGCACAUUUCUGG